AUGGAAAUAGUCAGUGAAGAUGAGUCGGAAGAUUUAUCUCAACCUCCUAAAACGCCUGAUAUACAUCUUUCCGAUACGGAAGACGUACCUCAAACUCCAAGUCCGCGGCUCAAGAGUAAAAAGAGUUCGGCAAUGGAAGCUUUGGCCGCACUUGGAUUGGACGAAUUCGUCGGUGAAAUAAAAAUCAAAGAACGAAAAGAAAAUAAAAAGGAAAAAUUAUCCGGUUUCGCUGGCAUCGAUAGAAAAUUGGACGAUUCAAGAAGUGAUGUGAAUACCGAAAAGAAAUCCAUUCAAAAUAAAAACGCUGAUAAAAAUAAUUACAAAGACGUUACUGUUAACGAUCAUAAAAGUGAAAAAUUUAACGAUAGAACUAACGAAUUAAAUGACAAAAGAAAAAGACAAAAAAUGGAAAUCAUCAACGGUGAUCAUUAUAGUGAAAAAGUUAGUGAUAGUUUAUUAGUUGAUAAUGUUAGUAAGUACGGUUCGGUGAAACUCGGAAAGGACGAAGCAUUGGAAAUAGACGUGGAAGAUGAACCAUCCAGAUCGAGUCCGGAAUCCCAAAUACAAAUGGAACACUCGUAUUCGCUCCCACGGGAAAGAGAUCCAAGCAGUUCCAAUUCUCCUGCGAGCGAAAGCGAAAUCAAAAAGAAACAAGAAGCUUUCACGUUGGAUCACGAUUACACGACCAAAUCCAAAUCUCCGCUCACUCCAAAAUUAGACGAUAAUAAAUUUGGUAAAACGACGGUGAAGGAAAUAAAAAAAUCGUCGGAGAAAUUGAUAUCGCACUUAUUGGAUACUUACCUCAAACCGGAAAAAGUCACGCCGGUUAAAUACAAAGAAAGGAAUUUAAUUGAAGAAAUGACUGUACUAUACGAAUUUCUAACAAAAGGUAUCGAUGCCGAAGACAUUGGUUACCUGAAAAGAAGUUACGACUCCAUGUUAGCCGACGAAAGUCAGGCGUAUUGGUUAAAUGAUACUCAUUGGGUUGAUCACCCGGUAACGGAUUUGUCCAGCGGCGUACCUUCAAAAAAAGCUCGCGUUCAUUCCACCGGCUCAGCAAGAACUCAAGGAUAUUAUAAAAUAGAUGCUGUGGAAAAAAUGCGACACAAGCAUCAUUACAAUAAAACCGUGAAUCAGCAAAAUGGUGGAACUGCUCACGGUAUCAGGGGAGUAGCCGAAUUAGUCAAAGGUGUUAAUGCAGCAUCGAGAGAGGCGAGAAGCAAUCAAAGGCGAUUGCUGACAGCUUUUGGAACUGCCACAGAUAGUGAUCUAUUAAAAUUCAAUCAAUUAAAAUUCCGUAAAAAACAAUUGAAAUUUUCUAAAUCGGACAUUCACGAUUGGGGUUUGUUUGCAAUGGAACCGAUAGCAGCCGACGAAAUGGUUAUUGAAUAUGUUGGACAAAUGGUGAGACCUUUCCUAGCGGAUUUCCGGGAAAAGGAAUACGAAAAAAGAGGAAUCGGAAGUUCUUAUUUAUUUCGUAUCGAUUUGGAAACGAUAAUCGAUGCGACAAAAUGUGGAAAUUUGGCAAGGUUUAUAAAUCACAGUUGUAAUCCGAAUUGUUACGCAAAAAUAAUAACGAUAGAAGGACAGAAAAAAAUUGUAAUUUAUUCUAAAAAAGAUAUAAAAGUAGAUGAAGAAAUCACGUACGAUUAUAAAUUUCCCAUUGAGGAAGAAAAAAUUCCGUGUUUAUGUGGUGCAGCUCAGUGUAAAGGUUAUCUCAAUUAA